CAGAGGGGAAGGGAAGAGGGCUUUGGAAGAGAGAAAUGGUAGUGACACAUCUACCCAAGCUCCACACCCACUUCUUCAUUUCCACGCCUCCGCCCUCCCUCUACACCCACCACCUCUCCCUCCUCCGCAUUCCCAAGUCCACCCUCACUACCGCCGCCGCCGCCACCAGUUCUACUACUCAUCCACCACCCAUCUCCACCCCUGACACCCACAUCCAAAUUCCCCUUCAAAACCUUUUUGUGCCCCCAGAAACUGACAUCUCCGCCACCAGCACCCCUCUCACUGCUAGAAUCUUGAAGGGCUCCAACAUAGUGUUGAGUAAGUAUGCUAAUGAUGCUCAGGUUGUGCAGGCUGAGUUUGUGAAGAGCAGUGUCAGGACUGAGGACUGUCCCUCCGAUGGGUUGCCUGAGUUUGCCCUCGUGGGACGGUCUAAUGUGGGAAAAUCCUCUUUGCUCAAUUCGCUCGUUCGCCGUAAACGGCUCGCUCUUACCUCCAAAAAACCCGGGAAGACACAAUGCAUCAAUCAUUUCCGGAUCAAUGAUAGUUGGUAUCUAGUGGAUUUGCCUGGAUAUGGGUAUGCUGCUGCUCCACAAGAGCUUCGAACUGAUUGGAAUAAGUUCACUAAAGACUAUUUCCAGAGCCGCUCGACCUUAGUUUCUGUAUUCCUUCUUGUAGAUGCUAGCAUUCCUGCUAAAAAGAUUGAUCUCGAAUAUGCCAGUUGGCUGGGUGAGAAUCAGAUUCCCAUGACAUUGAUCUUCACCAAAUGUGACAAGCGCAAAAAGAAGAAAAAUGGAGGGAAGAGACCGGAAGAAAAUGUUGAAGAUUUUCAAGGAUUAAUAUGCGACUUCUUCCAAACAGCACCACCUUGGAUUAUGACCAGCAGUGUAACCAAUCAAGGUCGCGAUGAGAUACUACUGCACAUGGCUCAGCUUCGCAACUACUGGCUCAAGCACUAAAGGAAUAAAGAAGUACACUUUCAAAUUUGCGGCAAUUCCAAGUUUUGAAGUUUUACUGAACUUCCUAAUAGCAAUGUAGGAGUACUAGCGGUUAAAUUUUUGGUUCUCUAAAGAUAAUGUGUGGUUUUCCAAUGAUACAUUUUGAAGCCUUGAUUCCAGGAUCAAAUGAACACACCACACACCUUGCAAUUAAAUUAUUGUUGUUUUUAGUAACUUGAGGGAAGAUCAGUUUCUAAUCCUUGCUGCUUCCCCCGGGAUAAGGGUCUGACAGGAAUGUGUAUGUUGGCUUUGGUCUAGUCUCUGUAUUUGGUUUGAUGUGAGUGCAAUCUUAGAAUGAAGGAGAUGCCUCUGUUCACUGUGA